GCUCCCGUACCGUGUGUGUGUGUGUGUGUGUACAGGCAGCGAAGAUGGCGGCGGCAGUAGGAGGACGAGCCGGCUCCUUCGGUUCCUCUUCUUCAACGGGGCUGAGCUCGGGCUACGGGGCUGGCGCCUUCAACGCUACAAAUGGCGGCGGCGCGGACUCGCGAGCGGGAGGCGACGAGGACGACGGGCAGAAUCUUUGGUCCUGUAUCCUCAGCGAGGUGUCCACUCGUUCCCGAUCCAAACUGCCUUCGGGGAAAAACGUCGUUCUGCUGGGGGAAGAUGGUGCAGGUAAAACUAGCUUAAUUGGAAAACUUCAAGGAAUUGAAGAAUACAAGAAAGGAAGAGGAAUGGAAUAUUUGUACUUAAGUGUGCAUGAUGAAGACAGAGAUGAUCAGACAAGAUGUAAUGUAUGGAUAUUGGAUGGUGACCUUUAUCAUAAAGGUCUACUUAAAUUUGCAAUGGAAGCCAUCUCUUUAAAGGACACUUUGGUUAUGUUGGUGGUAGAUAUGUCUAAGCCAUGGACUGCUUUAGACUCUUUACAGAAAUGGGCAAGUGUUGUAAGGGAGCAUAUUGACAAAUUAAAAAUUCCUCCUGAAGAAAUGAAAGAAAUGGAACAAAGGAUGGUAAGAGACUUCCAAGAAUACACAGAACCAGGGGAAGACUUUCCGGCUUCUCCACAGAGGAGAAAUACUUCAUUACAAGAAGAAAAAGAUGAUAGUGUCAUUUUACCACUGGGUGCAGAUACACUAACAUGUAACUUAGGCAUUCCUGUAGUAGUAGUUUGUACAAAGUGUGAUGCCAUUAGUCUGCUGGAAAAAGAACACGAUUACAGAGAUGAGCACUUUGACUUCAUUCAAUCACACAUUCGACGGUUUUGUUUACAGUAUGGUGCAGCACUUAUUUACACUUCAGUAAAGGAAAAUAAGAAUAUUGAUUUAGUGUAUAAAUAUAUUGUCCAGAAAUUAUAUGGAUUCCCCUUCAACAUACCUGCUGUUGUUGUAGAAAAAGAUGCAGUAUUUAUUCCUGCAGGAUGGGACAAUGAAAAGAAGAUAGGAAUAUUACAUGAGAACUUCCAGAAUCUAAAAAUGGGUGACAAUUUUGAGGAUAUCGUUACGAAGCCACCUGUCAGAAAGUUUGUACAUGAGAAAGAGAUAGUAGCAGAAGAUGACCAAGUAUUUCUUAUGAAGCAACAGUCUCUGUUAGCAAAACAGCCACCUACUGCAGCUGGAAGACCAGUGGAUACCUCGCCAAGAGUCCCUGGAGGAUCCCCUCGGACACCAAACAGAUCAGUAUCCUCCAAUGUUGCCAGUGUUACACCCAUCCCUGCUGGAUCCAAAAAAAUUGAUCCUAGUAUGAAAGCUGGAGCCACAAGCGAAGGAGUCCUGGCUAACUUUUUCAACAGUUUGCUGAGUAAGAAAACUGGCUCACCAGGUGGUCCUACUGGUGUUGGUAGUCCUGGAGGAGUAGGGGGCACUGGGGGUGGAGGCAGCAGCAACUUACCAGCAUCUGCAAAAAAAUCAGGGCCCUGUCAUAAUGAGAUAUGUGUGCAAAUAGCCAUUUUAGAUCAGGGGACUGGUUGGUUAUUUACUCCAACAAAUGACCUAAGAUGAGGGGUCCACAAAGUUUUGCUCUGGCUUGUUAGCCAUCCAUAACUUGUGGUACCACCGAGCCUACCCUUCCUCAAGUCUUCUGUGAUUGCCAGAGAACUUGGGGAUAAGUACGGAAGUCUCUGUAUCUCAUGAGGCUGUGGAAGAGGAAAAAGGCAACAUGAGUCUCAUAUUGCUUCUGCCUGCUCCAAGUCUUGGUGCAAUGUAACUCUCCCUGGAUAUUUUUAUGUCAGAGAGACAUGCACAGGGCACAGGACUGACAGCCAAACCUGCCAUAAACUGCAGCAUUCCAAAAUGUUAGCAUGUUGUAAUAGUAAGAGUCAUACCACUGGGUUAAUUUUUGGAGUGUACUCCAGCAUCUUUAUUGAUUUUGACUGUGGCUGUCAAGAUGAAAAGCUGACUCUCAUUACAUUCUGUGAUGGAUUCUGUUUUACUCCCACAGUAUCACAGGUAUAUUAGUCUUACUUACUGUCCCUUCUGUGUUGAUGACAACGAACUUGGGAGUCUUUGAAUGCAGAAGCUGAAAGCUAUGAACUUAUAUUUGACUGCUUCAUACCAUUGAUCAGCCCAAAUUCAAUG